AGGUGGCGCGGGCGGGGCGGGGGCGGAGACGGUGAGAAGAUGGCGGCCAAAAGCGGCCGGAACGGGCUCCUGGACAAGUGGAAGAUUGAUGACAAGCCAGUAAAAAUUGACAAAUGGGAUGGUUCAGCUGUGAAAAAUUCCUUGGAUGACUCUGCCAAAAAGGUGCUCCUGGAGAAGUACAAAUAUGUGGAAAAUUUCCGUUUGAUCGACGGCCGCCUCAUCAUCUGCACAAUCUCUUGUCUCUUUGCCAUUGUUGCUUUGAUUUGGGAUUACCUGCACCCUUUCCCUGAAUCCAAACCAGUUCUUGCCUUUUGUGUUGUCUCAUAUUUUGUGAUGAUGGGAAUUCUGACCAUUUAUACCUCUUACAAAGAGAAGAGUAUUUUCCUGGUGGCUCACAGGAAGGACCCGGCGGGGAUGGAUCCCGACGACGUCUGGCAGCUCUCCUCCAGCCUCAAACGGUUUGAUGACAAGUACACCCUGAAGCUGACAUUCAUCAGCGGGAAAACAAAACAGCAGAGGGAAGCCGAGUUCACCAAAUCCAUUGCCAAGUUCUUCGAUAACAACGGGACGUUAGUCAUGGAGGCCUACGAGCCCGAGGUGUCCAAGCUGCACGACAGUCUGGCCCUGGAGAGGAAAACAAAAUGAUUUGGGAGUCCACCCGCCUCCUGGGAACCCACUAAAUUAACACCAAUAAAGUCAAAUGGCAAAGAACGUGAA